UUUUUUUUUUUGUUUUUCUUUCUUUUUUGGGCCUUCGAUGUUUAUCGAAAAUUGUAAACGAUGGAAAUGUUAAAAAACCAGCAAAUUAAUAUCAAUUUACCGUUAUAACGCGCUUAAUUAUAAUUAAACAAACAAACGCACAAACAUGCAUGUUUAUCGCAUUCGAUUUAUCUUUCAUUUAUGUAUAUGUAUACACACAUAUACGCACAUCUAUAUUUAUUGCAUAUUUGAUGUUAACAAUCGCAAAGGCAACAAAGUGUGUGAGUGAAAAUUAAAAAAAAAAAAACAAAAAAAAGAGAAUAACAACAACAAACAACAACAACAAAACUUGACUAAUCCAACCAAUAUCAGUAUUGUUCAAGCGAUAAGCAAAAGAGGAAAAAAAAAAAAACAAAACACCAACAGCAACCACAACAAAUACAAAAUUUAUUAUAAAAGUUUCAUAAUGUUCGGUGAUUGUUCCGAUACUACAGAAGAUAUGACGGUAGAUAGCAGAGAUUCCAAAGAUUUCAAUCUCAAUAAUAAUAACAACAGUAUAAUGGAUACCGAACAUAAUCAGCAAGACAGACAAACGCCAAAAGAUUUACUCUCAGAGACUGUAGGUGUCGAGAUGACGAAUGAAAAUCUGAAACGUCACAAACUAGAACCAAUGGAAACAACCACGAUCCAUGAAAAGGGAGACGACAAAGAUAAGGAGAGUUUUAAAGCGCAACAUAUGGAAGAUGAAGAUCUUACAAGGAGCUCUAACGGUUCGAUAGACAAUAAAGAUACUUAUGGAGAUGCAAAAUGUGAUAUAAAUAGAAUAUCUAACAUAAGAGAGCAUAGUUCACCAAAUGUAAGAACCUCUACGCCUCAGCAAACACCACCUUUAAGUCCCGCUAAAUCGAUGGACGAUUCAAUUAGCGAAAGCAAAAGUUCGCCGGCGAGCAAUAGCAAUCUUCCAAAAUUAAGACUAAAUACCUUAUUGGCGUCAGAUCCAGCUUUAAUGCCUGACGCCAAAGACUUGAAGCUAAUCCAAGAAGAGGCCAAAACUCAACAGCGCAAAAAUCAACUGGCUCAAGGCUCUCCUGAAGAAUUGGACUCUUUAAUGAUAACACCCGCCAAUAAUUUAAUGGAAACGUCGGUCCUGAAGCCAGUAACUCCUAGCGUAGAAGUGCCAACGCGUAUGAAAGUUUUUAUGUGUCUGCCUUGUGGCAUAGGUUUUAGUUCUCCUUCAACUUUAGAGGCACAUCAAGCCUAUUAUUGUUCGCAUCGUCACAAGGAUAUGGACGAUGAUACAUCUCUGUCGGCAGAAAAGAAUUCUACUUCUCCUUCCAGCGGACAAGCGACAGUAAGUUCGACUCCAAGCAAUCAGAGUUCUGAACCAUUGGCUAAAGCCCUUAAGACUGGCAAGCAAUACGCUUGCACUCAGUGUUCCUACAGUGCUGAUAAGAAAGUAUCUCUCAAUCGUCAUAUGCGCAUGCAUCAAACCUCUCCAGCAUCAACUACGAAUGCAUCUAAUAAUAAUAAUAAUAGCAUAGGUGGAGGCAGUGCGGCAGGCACGCAAAUGGAGGAGAAUUCUAGUCAACAAAUCGACCGCUAUUGCAGUGAUUGCGACAUACGCUUUAAUAAUGUGAAGACUUACCGGGCGCACAAACAACAUUAUUGUAGUUCUCGCCGCAACGAAGGGCAAUUGACACCGAAACUUGAGGUCUCCACUCCAACUUCGUCAUCGCUGGCUAAGCCCAAUAUAUCGGUUACGGGAACUAUAAGUCCUCAGAAUCGGACUAAAACACCUACCCCGGCCAUGGUAGCAGCUGCUGCCGCCGCAGCUGCAGCAGCUUUGCAGCAAUCUCCAAGCACACCCUUCUUGGCUCUACCCACAAAUCCAAUUCUAAUUAUACCGUAUUCACUGAUACGCAGUGCGAGUUUAAUAGCAGGACCAUUAACCUCACCUUCACCUGGGGUAAUAAAUCCAGAUACUACAUGCUUUACUUUGGACAAUGGAAAUUUGAAACCCUUCGCAACGGCUUUAAAUAUAAACGCGAUUAACGCUGCCAAUGCUAAUAGUAUUGCGAACUCGACCGCUCCGCCUGCGCCAAGCGCUGCGGACUCUGCCCGUCAUCAGCAACAGUCAACAAAUAAUAAUAAUAAUGAAUCUCUGUUAACUGAAAAGAAUAUUAAGCAUAACGUGGAGGUAAACGAUGAAAUAGUCAGGCGAAAAGAAGGACCACUAAGAGAAACAGCACCUCUCGAUUUAUCGCUUCGACGAUCUCCUAUAGCUGCUUUACUACAACGCACGCGUUUGCAUCCAGCGUCUUCUGCUUUUCUGGAAACAGAGCAACAAAUAGAAAUGGAAUCCUUAUUGGAGACUGGUAAAGAGAACGUUGCUUUAGACGAAGGUGGUAACAUCACCCCCGAACAAAUUGUCUGUGCUCCAUCUUUACCCAAUAGCCCGUCGAUGAGCCCUUCGCCAAAACGUCGCACCAUUAGCCCUCGAAGUUCAGGAGCCGGUAGUACUUCGUCGAUUUCACCUCCGGUCUCUACCACCUCACUUAAUUCCAUUAACAAUUCAACUAGUUUACUGGACAAUCUACAAUUGAGAUCCAUGCUUCCGGCCGAUUUAUUAAACCCAUUAUUAGCAAAGCAGAAUUUGGAAUUAGCUUUAAAGUUGUCAGCUGCUGCCGCUGCAGCUGUAAGCUCGUCGUCGGCUGCUAUGCCAACGCCGGGCUCAGCAACGGCUGAACUAGCAGCCGCUGCAGUAGCAGCAGCAGCUGGUCGCAACUCGUUAUUGGGUUUGCCUGUACUACCAUCGGUAGCAGCCAGCAGUGGUGGCCCACCUGCCGGUAAUCAACCCCAAAUUUAUGUCAAACAGGGUGUUUCAAAAUGCAAAGAAUGUAAUAUCGUGUUUUGCAAGUACGAGAACUAUUUGGCUCAUAAGCAACACUAUUGUUCUGCACGCAAUCAGGAGGCGAGUGACAGUGAUAGCAAAGUAUCUUCAACGCCACCCAUAGGUGCGGCAGCCGCAUCAACCGAAGCCACACCUGUGGCUUAUCAGCAACUAAUAUGUGCUGCUUGCGGCAUAAAAUACACUUCGCUGGAUAACUUAAGAGCUCACCAGAACUAUUAUUGCCCGAAAGGAGGUGGGGCCGCGGCUGCAGCAGCAGUGGCGGCUGCGGCUGUGGCUGCGACGGAUUCUAAUCAGCUUAGUCAGGCCAAAGAGAAGUGCAGCAAAUGCAAAAAUAUUCAUGAAAUAGGUCUGCCAUGUCCUCCCCCACCGGCUUUACAACAGCAGCAACAACAACCAACUUUAAUACCGAACAGUAGUUCCGCUGGCGGCAACAAUCAGAAUGUGUAUAAAUGUCCGUUGUGUGAUGCAGUCAGUUUGACAGCAACUGAAAGUCGUAAGCAUAUGGAAACCCAUGGUACGGUCAAAGCAUUUCGCUGCACUAUAUGCCGUUACAAAGGCAACACUCUAAGAGGUAUGCGUACUCACAUACGUAUGCACUUUGAUAAAAAGACCACCGAUCUAAAUGAAGAACAUUACAUGAGUUGUAUUUUGGAGGACGAAAGCAUUGAAAUUCCGAGCGCGGCUUCCCUGAAUACUGAACAGUUAGCUCAGCAACAAAAGCAUUUACAGCAAGCAGCUGCCGCAGCGGCUGUAGCGGCUGGCUUUCAACAACAACAACAACAACAGCAGCAGCAGCAGCAGCAGCAAGGUCAACAGGUGUUUAAUUGCGAUAUUUGCAAUUACACGUCCACAUAUAAAGGCAAUGUUCUGCGUCACAUGAAGCUGCUUCAUCCUCAUAUCGUAACCAAUUCGCCAUCAAUGUCGCCCGAGACGGGCGACUUAGAAAUUGCCGAUGUCGGCUCCGUCGCAAGCAGUCUUAACGGUGACAAUAACGUAAACAGUUUUGCUAUUAAAUCUGAGCCGAUAGAACAUACCACAACCGCAAUCAGCAAUACACCCGGCAUUAUGCUUAAUCCUCAUGACAAUAACAAUUCUCCUUUAUUGAACACGAGUACUACUAGUACUACUGCUGCUACUAAUGCGAAUCCUAAUGAAUUGAUGAUGCCUCAUAUAAAAUCCGAACCUAUGGAAAUUUCAAUAGAUCCACCAUCUAGUCUAACGUUGCCGCCUAAUUUACGUUCACCGGCUUUGGGUCCGCCACCGCCUCUAAAUACCACGCCUGAAGAGAAUAUUAAUCAAAAAUAUUGUCAAACUUGUGACAUUUCAUUCAAUUAUAUGAAAACUUAUUUAGCCCAUAAGCAAUUCUAUUGUAAAAGCAAAUUACGAAGGCCUGAAACAAAUGACAGUCCUAGUCCAAACUCGGCCAAUCUAAUAACAUCGAUGCCUUCGCCUAACAGUUUGCCAUUGUUGCAGAAAAACAAGGAGAAUAUGCAACAAGAGGCGGCCAUUUGAUAGAAUCAAUCGUGGUGGUGGCCAGAAAAUAAAAAUCAUUGGGAAUGGUAUUCGAAAUGUUUUUGAAUUGGCCCCCGUUUCGUUGCAGAUCAUAUCACGUGGAAUUGUGAGGUGAACACCUUAAGUUGGAUAUUAAAAGAAAAAAAACAAAAACAAAAAAGACGAAGAAGAAGAA